AUGGCACAGGACUUUCGCGAGAUGCUGGAGGCUCUGGGGGAGACUGGACGCAAAUGGGACGGCCUUUGGCAGCUCGUUUUGUGCUUUGACGCUUCGAAGCGUGAUGUGGAGGCGCGAGGCUGGAAGCUGCCGAGCGCCGGCAUCUUGAUUGACAGCGGGCCGACCCUGAGAUGGGAAUCCGGCCGCUUCAAAGCGUGCCCAGCUGCGACCGUGGAGCAGUGCCAGGUCGUGCUGAGGUGCCCGGAUGAAAGGACCUUCGUCGACCAGUGUCGGAAAGGGGCCGAGAGCCCGAUCAAGACGUUGCUUUUUGGUAAUUUGGACCUCCGGGGAAGCCGCCAUUUGCUGGCCUUGGCUUUACAAGUCCUUCCAGGAGCUUCUGGAUCGGAAGAAGGGGAGGAAGGACAACGAGAGGGCGCCAGGGAUUGUCCUUGGGACUUCCGGAAGCUCCAAGACUUCAAGCCAUCUGCCACGCAGCUUUGCCUUCUUGGUCUCAGUGCUGCCGCCGCUGUCGCUGUCGGUGGAGUCUGGGCUUAUGCUGCGGCCUCCUCUCUCAAAAUGUCCGCAACGGGUUUUGCCGUGCUGCCAUUUGUUGGUCCCGAAGAAGACGAAGACGAAGGCCCACCCGGCGAGGUCGCAGCCGAGGAAGUAAGGGUUUGGAUGGGAUACGGCGAUCUCGCAUGGCAUCGAGGGCCGCGGCGCUUGCCCCUCCGGCCACUGCGCCGCUGCACCUGGCAUUGGGACAGGCUUAGCAGCUGGGCGCGGCCGGCGAGUCUGGAGGAGCUCCGGCGAUGCCUCGCUUGCAAGACCUGGGCUGUACGCCGGCAGGCAUUGCGGCGAUCUCCCCGCUACCGUUUGAGGCAGCAGAGGUGGACACCGCUGCUUGUGGCUGUGAAUCCUCGGAAGGACAAGCUUCAGCGAGCGCCGGCAGUGUUGGCGCUGUCCAGUCGGAAGGCGAAUGGGACAGCCGCUUUGGCCAACUUUCGGAGGUCUCUGAUUGGCGAAGGCUGGUCCGAGCUGGCGCGGGCCUUCGUUCAGGGUCCCGAGACCUUGGCAGGCAGCCACUUGGGUCGCCACCGCCGGUCGUGGACGCUGCUCGUGCGCAGCGGAGGUCCCUUGUCCGAGAUGAGAAAUGGCGCUGUCGAUGUGCACUGCCAGUUCGGCGAGAGCUGGUUUCGCCUGCACAGCACACAGUGGGGCUCGAGGGAAAUCCUCGAGGGCUGGCGAUGUCCCCUGUGCUGUCUCAGCAUCUCGCCUGCCUUGAUCUCACCCCAGAUCAUCGACAAGAAGGACUUGCGCUGUGAGCUGAAGACCCAGGCUGGCAACGAGGGCUGCCCUGCGCGUCUGCGGCGCCGUUGGGCCUGCGAGGCUUCGGACGACAUGGCAAAGGAUUGGUUGGGCUUUGACUGGCUCGGCUUCAAGGAGGACCUACGAAAUGCACUCGUCGAAGACGUCGACGCAGGCACGGGCUUGUCCCGAAUUCUGGCUGGGCGCGACCGUCUCUGUGCCGAGGCACAAGCAGGGGCUUGCAAGAUGCAGCCUCCCACAUCCUGCUGGGGCCACGACUUCCGAUCCGUGGUUGCCGGCCAUGUGCAGGAGGGACAUCCAUUCUGCCUGCUGGGCUGUGUGUGCAUGCAGCUCAUGAUGCUCAUGUUUGUGCGUCAGCCUCUGAAAGGCACCUGGAAGUGGGAAGAAGCUUUCAGGUGUCCGCCGGAGAGCUUCGAUGACUACCUUGCCCACGAGGUGCCUUGCUUCGUCCGGCCAACGCCCGGCCACAACUGGAGCCCUUCCGACACUUUGAGCCAUGCUCUCCGAGUCUUGCUGCCUGCGCUGCGCUGGAUGGACUUGCUGGAUAGUGGAUGGCCUUUCUUCCGCCUGGUUGCCCGCAUAUCGGCGCAGGUCUGCGAGCAGAACCUGGGUAGGUGUCCUGCGACUUGCGACACGGAGGACAUGAAGGUGCUCGCCGAGACCUUGGAGGAGAAGAUGUUCGAAGGUCCGCGUGAACAGGGGCCCAGAGACCGAAGCGACCUACUCGAGGCGGCUCGUGCUGUGUGGAGAAGCGAUGCGAAGGAGGUGCAGGCGAGCCUUGGCCGCUGUGGGGAAGUGGCCCUGGCCGAGGCGGCCGCGGUUCGCGCCGCGACCUACGCCCACACGGAGAGCCUCCAGGAUGUCCUCACGGGCAUUCAGCUCACUGAGCUGGUAGUCGGAGAUCUUGCCCGACGAACACCCUGUGCAUUGACGGAGCUUUCUCGCAGCCCAGAUUUCUGGAAGAGCAUGGGCUUUGUGGAGACAUGGCUGGGUGGUCACGUGCGCUACAAGCACCGCCCGGCCUGCAAGCUGCACUUCUGCCCGGAUGGCAGCCCCAGUAUGCGCUCAUGCCGCUGCGAAACAUCCGCAGCUCCACCAAGUGCAAGCCCUGCGGAUCCGCGCUCCGUGUGCCUGAUCACCGGAGAUCCGGGGGAUGAUCGGCCGCUGGAGUCGGACCUCUCCCUCCUUGUGGGGACUCAUCCAGAGGCGCCGAACUUCUGGAGCCUGACGUACCACCUGAAUCGUCUCUAUGCCCUGCGUCACGGCUACCGUUUCAGCCGCGUGGAAGUUAGCAACGAUGAGGAAGAGGAAGAGAAGCCUUCGUGA